CUUUAUGAAGUAGCAACCCUGUAACUUUAGUAGUUGUAAGGAAAUUUUCUCCUCUAAGUCACGAUACCAAAUAGGAAAAAAUGAUCUACAAGUGCCCCAUGUGUAGGGAAUUUUUCUCUGAGAGAGCAGAUCUUUUUAUGCAUCAGAAAAUUCACACAGCUGAGAAGCCCCAUAAAUGUGACAAGUGUGAUAAGGGUUUCUUUCAUAUAUCAGAACUUCAUAUUCAUUGGAGAGACCACACAGGAGAGAAGGUCUAUAAAUGUGAUGAUUGUGGUAAGGAUUUUAGCACUACAACAAAACUUAAUAGACAUAAGAAAAUCCAUACAGUGGAAAAACCCUAUAAAUGUUAUGAGUGUGGCAAAGCCUUCAAUUGGAGCUCCCAUCUUCAAAUUCAUAUGAGGGUUCACACAGGGGAGAAACCCUAUGUCUGUAGUGAGUGUGGAAGGGGCUUUAGUAAUAGUUCAAACCUCUGCAUGCAUCAGAGAGUCCACACCGGAGAGAAACCCUUUAAAUGUGAAGAGUGUGGUAAGGCCUUCAGGCACACUUCCAGCCUCUGCAUGCAUCAAAGAGUCCACACAGGAGAGAAACCCUAUAAAUGUUAUGAGUGUGGGAAGGCCUUCAGUCAGAGUUCAAGCCUCUGCAUCCACCAGAGAGUCCACACCGGAGAGAAACCCUAUAGGUGCUGUGGGUGUGGGAAGGCCUUCAGUCAGAGUUCCAGCCUCUGCAUCCACCAGAGAGUCCACACAGGAGAGAAACCUUUUAAAUGUGAUGAGUGUGGAAAGGCCUUCAGUCAGAGUACAAGUCUCUGCAUUCACCAGAGGGUUCACACAAAGGAGAGAAACCAUCUCAAAAUAUCAGUUAUAUAAAACAUUUUGCUAUGAGUUAAAAAUCUUAAAACCCAUAAGUGCCACUAGGAAGGAAACCCUGUAAAUACAACAUUGACCCAAGAAAUAUUUACAGCAAUCCCUAGCAGAACAUUCUUUUUGAGGAGGCAUAUGUGAGGUUGAUUUUUUGAUUCAUGCCAAGAGUGUUCCACAACUUGACUCUGAAUGUGGACUCCCCUGUCAGGUUCCCAGUUGUAGAUGUGCGUUUCCUGGAAUUUCAGCACGAUGCCUCAGUGGUUGAAUACUACACAGAAAGACCAUGAUCAUUGCCUAGCCUC